AUGAAUAAUAUUAAUAGUAAAAUAUUAAUAUUAUUUUUAAUCGGUCUAUUCUCGACGAUUGCAUUGGCCGAUACAUGCUUUAAUAUUGACUCGUUGCAAUGGCGUACUUCGGGCUCCAAGAUGAUGUUGAAUGGAGUGGAAAUCCGUGUUCAGGGUAUUGCCUGGUUUGGUCUCGAGACUGACAGUUUUUCACCGGGUGGUUUGCAACAAACCUCGGUUGAAGCAUUGCUCGACAUUUUGGUGAACCAAAACUUUAAUGCCCUCCGUCUUCCAUUCUCGAUCGACAUGAUUCUCAAUGACAGAUGGCCAUCCAAGAUCAACUAUGGUUUGAAUCCAGGUCUCCAAGGAAAGACUGCUCUCCAAGUGUUGGACUAUAUCGUCGCUGCCUCUGCCGCCCGUGGUAUCCUUGCUAUUCCCGAGCAACAUCGUUUCGACGCAUCUGCCUAUAUUCCCGACUUGUGGUAUUCAGACAGCUGUAUCGUCAAUCCAAGCGGACAGUGUGUCACCUACACUGAACAAAUGACCAUUGAUACAUGGGUGUCGCUCGUCAACCGUUACAAGACCUACUGGAACAUCUGGGCACUCGACAUUAAGAACGAACCACACGGACGUGCCACUUGGGGAACCGGUAACCUUGCCACCGACUGGAACCAAGCCUUCCAACGUAUCAGUAAUGCCAUCCUCUCGAGAACCACCUUCCCAGGUGUCUUUUUCAUCGAGGGUAUUGAAAACAAUGCCAACGCCAUCUGCUCGUACGAAGUUGGUAAUUGGUGGGGUGGCAACAUGUCGCCCGCUCAAUGUUUCCCAGUGUCGCUCGCACAACCCAACCGUCACGUCUAUGCUCCACACACAUUCUGUGGCAGUGUCUACCAACAACCAUACUUUGGUGCAUCCAACUUCCCAUCCAACAUGGCCAAUAUCUGGAACCAACACUUUGGAUUCCUCAAAACCAAUGACGAGCCAAUCAUCAUGGGCGAAUGGGGUUGCAAGAACAACGACACCAAAAACAAUCAAUGGACCGACACUUUUACAAAGUAUCUCGGUUCAACCAGCAUCAAAAACCAUCUCUUCUUCUCGCUCAAUCCAGAUUCCCUCGAUACUGACUCUAUCUUGAAUGGUGACUACAAAACCAUCAAUCAACAAGUUGUCAAUUAUAUCAAGCAAAUCAAUACUCAACCAACUAAAUUUACCAAAGUUGGAAAUCAAAUUUGUUUAGGUAAUAUUCAAAAUCAAUCAAGCAGCAGCACUAGUGACAGUGAUAGUAGUAGUUUUGAUGACAAUGAUGAUCAAGAUGGUGGUACUGUAACUCCAACUACUGGAUCGACCUCUGGAGCAUCGACCACUGGUUCCCAAUCAUCGACCACUGGAUCUCAAUCAUCCACGACAGGUUCUCAAUCAUCCACUACUGGAUCACCAUCCACUACUGGAUCACAAUCAUCUACUGGUUCCCAAACAUCGACCACUGGCUCCCAAUCAUCGACCACUGGAUCACCAUCCACUACUGGCUCCCAAUCAUCAACCACUGGAUCACAAUCAUCAACCACUGGAUCACAAUCAUCGACAACUACCUCUGGUACUACCACCUCUGGCUCUACUACUACCACCACCACUACUGGUUCAUCAACCACUGGUACUCCAACUAACAAAAUUACUAUUCAACAACAAUUGUCAAGCAGCUGGAUUCAGAAUGGACAAACGUGGGCAGUAUACAAUGCAUUCCUUACCAACGUUGGAUCGACUCCAAUUGCCAAUCUUAAGCUCAAGGUUAUUGACUCAUCACCAGCGCCAAUAGAAGCUUGGUCUGCCUUUAUGCCAAGUCAAUCUGACGCUACCUACUGGAUCCCACAAACAUGGGCUCUUCCACUCCAACCAAAUCAACCAGUUAACUUUGGUUACAAGAUUGUUUCUACUGCUCCAAUCCAAUUCCAAGCCAUCAUUGUCUAA